GUCACCAGAAGAUCAUGAUCGACUUCACGCAGAUUUUGUCGGCCGUCGGCGAAUUUGGCGCGUUUCAGAAGCGCUUAUUGGUGGCGGUGUGUCUCCCCAACAUUUUUACCGCCUUCCACAUGUUCGGCCAGGUGUUCACCGCCAUCAGUUUCCCUCACCACUGCAACAGCAGCUGGAUCCUCCGACAGGCUCCAAAUCUCACCGAGGAAAAGCAGCUGAACCUCACCGUCCCGCUGGACAGCAAAGGACAGUAUGAGAGCUGUAGGAUGUUCACACCUGUAGAGAUAGAUAUUGAGGAUAUUGAACAUAAUGGAAUAAACACGACUACAUCGUGCAUUGAUGGAUGGGUUUAUAAGGCACCAAAAGACAGCAGCACACUUAUAACUGAGUUUGACCUGGUGUGUGAAAAUAAAGUUUACAGUGAGGCUUCUCAGUCCAUCUACAUGGCUGGUCUUCUUGUUGGAGCCCUAUUGUUUGGGCCAAUGGCAGACAAGUACGGCCGGCGGUUUGCCACACUGCUUUCCUUGUUUCUGCAGUUUCUGUCUGGAGUGGGAGUUGCAUUUUCCCCAAACAUCUAUGUCUACAUUGUCCUCCGUUUUGUUGUUGGCACCACAAUAUCCGGCAUCUCUAUCAACACAUUUGUUCUGGGUACUGAGUGGUGUGGUUCAGCCAAGCGGGCCCUUUUUACCAUAUUAUCGCACUGCUUUUUUGCCAUUGGUCUGAUGUUGCUGUCUGGUGUGGCCUAUGGGAUUCGAAACUGGAGGGUUUUACAACUAGUUUUGUCAGCGCCAGUUGGGCUUUUCUUCAUCUAUUACUGGAUUCUCCCUGAGUCUGCGAGAUGGCUUCUGACUCAAGGCAAACUAGACAGUGCCAAGAAAGAGAUCCUCAAAGCUGCCCGAAUCAAUAGGAGGAACGUGCCUGAAAAUCUGCUUGACAAGAUGGAAGCAGAGAACACAGCCAAAUCAAGCACCAUGAUAGACCUGUUCCGAGUGGGUUACCUGAGAAAGAGAGCUCUCAUUAUGUGCUAUAUGUGGUUUGUGACUUCACUGGUUUAUUAUGGAGUCAGCUUGAAUGUGGGGAACUUCGGCCUGGACAUUUACCUGACUCAACUCAUCUUUGGCAUGGCAGAGUUUCCUGCACGCUUGUCCUGCUUUCCUCUCAUUCAGCGCUUUGGACGGAGGAUUUGCCAAAGUGUCGUUUUGCUGCUAGGAGGCACAGCCUGCCUGAUUAUUCCUGCUAUUCCAGCGAAAUAUCCUGUAAUUGUGACUGUGAUUGCUGUAAUUGGGAAGUUUUCACUUGCUGCCUCCUUCUCCAUUGUAUACGUGUACACCGCUGAGCUCUACCCAACAGUUGUGAGGCAGAAUGGGGUGGGCCUGAAUUCCAUGUGUGCCCGUGUGGCUGGUAUUCUGGCUCCUCUGAUUGGCUUGUUGGACGUUUAUCAUCAUGCCAUUCCUAUGGUCAUAUACGGCUCUCUGCCUUUUGUUGGAGGAGCUUUGACCUUCCUGCUUCCAGAAACACUGAACACUGACCUACAGGACCACACAGAUAUCCCUGCAGAUGACAGCACGGGAUCAAAAAAAGCCAGUAUUGAAAAUGGACUGAUUCAGGAGCAAGAAAUGGCUCUCAGGAGCACAAAAUUAUGAGGUUUAUACUGCUGUUUAUGCAAAUGAUAGCUUUCAUCAAUAAGUGUGAAUGAGUCAAAUCAAACUUCUCAUGUUUUCAGGUUUACCCUUCCUGCAGCAAGCAUCAUGUUUGUAAAGUUUUAUUGAUUUAAAUGAAUUUGUACUUUUUUAUCUUUUUAAUACAAAAAAGUAAACAUCAGUGAUAUAUUUAUGAUAUAUGAGUGUUUUUAUUUAGUACUCUUCAGAUGAAAAAAAUGAAUUUAUUAAUAGGCACCAACGAAAUUUGGUAAUGUAUUUAUAACUUCUGCAAUUAACUUCAGCAA